AUGAAGCGUAGCAAGCAUCGAGCCUCCAAGGAUGAUGGCAAAGGUCAAGAUGAGCCGGCCAUCCUAGAGACGGAGGAUAUGAGGAUGCCAGACCCGGACACCAUCUCACUCGCGUCAGUCACUGCCGUCACAACCAAUGUCUCCAAUAAGAGAUCAAAGCCUGACAUCAAGAUUGAGCCUAGUGCCGGAAGACCAGUUGAUUUCCAAAUCAGUGUCACUGUGAUUGAGGCCAGACAGCUGGUGGGUCUGAACAUGGAUCCAGUGGUGUGUGUAGAAAUCGGUGAUGAAAAAAAAUACACCUCAAUGAAGGAGUCGACCAACUGCCCUUACUACAAUGAGUACUUUGUUUUUGACUUCCACGUUCCUCCUGAUGUCAUGUUUGACAAGAUCCUGAAAGUGUCAGUUAUCCACUCUAAGAAUCUUUUGCGAAGUGGCACGCUGGUCGGGAGCUUCAAGCUUGACGUGGGCACAGUUUAUACACAACCUGAACAUCAGUUCUUCCACAAAUGGGCCACUUUAUGUGACCCCGAUGACAUCACUGCUGGAUGCAAAGGCUAUGUCAAGUGUGACGUCGCAGUUGUUAAAAAGGGCGACACUCUGAAAACUCCACACAAAACAAAUGAAACAGAUGAGGAUGACAUUGAGGGUAAUCUUCUGUUGCCGGAAGACGUCCCAGCUGAGCGUCAAUGGGCAAAAUUCUACGUGAAAAUCUACCGAGCCGAGGGGUUGCCCAAAAUGAACACCAGCAUUAUGGCAAACGUCAAAAAAGCCUUCAUUGGAGAAAAUAAGGACUUGGUUGAUCCGUAUGUCCAGGUGCAAUUUGCAGGACAGAAGGGAAAAACUUCAAUUCAGAAGAGCAGCUAUGAGCCGAUCUGGAAUGAGCAGAUCGUUUUCACUGAGCAGUUUCCACCUCUGUGCCGGAGAAUGAAAGUCCAGAUCCGCGAUUCGGAUAAAGUGAACGAUGUGGCCAUCGGAACGCACUUCAUUGACCUGCGGAAGAUUGCUAAUGAUGGAGACAAAGGCUUUCUUCCGACUCUUGGGCCGGCUUGGGCCAACAUGUACGGCUCCACACGCAGCUACACGCUCAUGGACGAGUACCAGGACCUGAAUGAAGGACUAGGGGAAGGGGUUUCGUUCAGGGCCCGGCUGCUGAUCAGUCUGGCCGUGGAGAUACUGGACACCUCCUCUGCUGAAGUAAUGUGCUCCACUGAGGUGCAGGUGGAGGGAGUUCCCAACAUCUCAGAUAAUGCCACAGGAAAAAUUGAGGAGUUCUUUCUCUUUGGAUGUUUCCUUGAGGCCACUAUGAUUGACAGGAAGAUUGGAGACAAACCCAUCAACUUUGAGGUUACAAUAGGAAACUAUGGCAAUGAACUCGAUACUCCAACCAAGCCAAAAACAAAGAAGAGGAAGGGUGGCGAUGACGAGGAGUCUGAGCUCAUUCACGGCUCUAGUGACGAAGAGGUGGAUGAUGGUGGAGAUAUGACCUCAGUUUCCAGCACUCCUCCAAUGAAGCCAGUCAUCACUGACAGAAACUAUUUCCACCUCCCGUACUUUGAGAGGAAGCCCUGCAUUUUUAUCAAGAGCUGGUGGCAGGACCAAAGAAGACGGCUUUAUAAUGCAAACAUCAUGGACAGAAUUGCAGAUAAAUUGGAAGAAGGGUUAAACGAUGUGCAGGAGAUCAUUAAAACAGAGAAAGCCUAUCCUGAGCGCAGACUCAGAGGAGUCCUGGAGGAACUCAGCAUUGGCUGCAGUACCUUUGUAACUUUAGCAAACAAUGAUCAGAAUCAGACUGGGAAGACUAAACUGGACCGGGAGAGACUGAAAUUAUGCAUGCAGGAAUUGGAAAACAUGGGCCAGCAAGCAAAGAAUAUGCGAUCCCAAGUAAAGAAAAGCAACGUGAAAGACAAAAUAAAACUGGCACAAAACUUCCUCCACAAGCUGAGAUUCUUGUCUGAUGAGCCUCAGCAUAGUGUUCCAGAUAUUUACAUAUGGAUGAUAAGCAACAACAAACGCAUUGCAUAUGCCCGCGUUCCCUCCAAAGACAUCCUCUUCUCUUCUGUGGAUGAAGAAACCGGAAAGGACUGUGGGAAAGUCCAGACCACCUUUUUCAAGCUCCCUGGUAAGAAAAGCUUUGGACCUGCAGGCUGGACCGUUCAGGCUAAAACUGAGCUGUAUCUGUGGCUCGGCUUGAACAGGCAGCGUAAGGACUACUUGAGCGGCCUACCAAAUGGGUUUGAGGAGAACAAGGCAGUAAAAGGGCCUGGCAUACAGUCCACACCCCCCAUCAGCCUGAUGUACACCAUGAAGCAGAUCUUCCAGCUGAGGGUUCACAUGUAUCAGGCUCGCAGUCUGUUUGCGGCCGACAGCACGGGCCUGUCAGACCCCUUUGCCAGGGUAUUUUUUUCUACUCACAGCCAGGUCACAGAGGUCCUGAAUGAGACGUUGUGUCCUACAUGGGAUCAGCUGCUGGUGUUUGAUAACGUGGAGCUCUAUGGUGAGGCUGGUGAACUGAGAGAUGAUCCUCCUAUAAUCGUCAUCGAGAUCUAUGAUCAGGACACUGUCGGAAAAGCCGAUUUCAUGGGUAGGACAUUCGCUAAACCUAUAACCAAGAUAUCAGAUGAGCAUUAUGGGCCGCCACGCUUCCCUCCUCAACUGGAGUACUACCAGAUCUACCGGGGAAACGGCACUGCAGGAGAAAUGCUGGCGGCCUUUGAGCUGCUGCAGAUUGGACCAGCUGGAAAGGCCGACCUGCCCCCAAUAGAUGGACCUUCAGAUAUCGAUCGUGGUCCAAUCCUGCCUGUUCCUAUUGGCAUAAGACCUGUCUUGAGUAAAUACCGAAUUGAGGUUCUCUUCUGGGGCCUGAGGGACUUGAAGCGAGUGAAUCUGGCUCAAGUAGACCGCCCCCGCGUGGACAUCGAGUGUGCAGGGAAAAGCAUUCAGUCAGUGCUAAUUCAGAACUACAAGAAAAACCCCAACUUCAGCACUCUGGUGAAGUGGUUUGAAGUGGACCUGCCUGAGAACGAGCUCCUCCAUCCUCCUCUGAACAUCCGCGUGGUGGACUGCCGGGCGUUUGGUCGUUACACACUAGUCGGCUCUAAUGCUGUCACAUCUCUACGCAAAUUCAUUUACAGGCCAUCGGACAAAAGUGUCAGUAACUGGUCUGCCAUGGAGGAGGUUGUGAUCCACACAGAGCCAGAGCCAGCUGUGAAGAAGACCGAGACAGUGGUCAAACUCGACUCAGCGUCUGAUGCUGUGGUUAAAGUCGAUAUGCCAGAUGAUGAGAAAGGUGGGAAAGGGAAAAAGAAGCGGAAGAAGGGCGAAGAGGUGGAAGAGGAGGAGCUGGAUGAAAGCAUGCUGGACUGGUGGUCCAAAUACUUUGCCUCGAUUGAAACACUGAAAGAGAUCAUUAAAGCGCAGGAAGCAGAAGCUGAAGAAAAGGAAGAUUUUGACUCUGGAGAGGGGAGCAAGAAGAAGAGAGGAAAGGGGAACAAGAACAAAGCCACGCCUGGGGAGGGAGCACCAGAGAAGAAGAAGCACAAAAUCGAAGAGUUGAAGAUGUUCAACAGAGAGCUUGAAUAUCAGUUUGACAGCUUUGAAGAUUGGCUUCACACUUUCAACCUUUAUCGGGGCAAGUGUUCGGAUGAUGCUAACGUCGAGCAGAAUGCAGCUGAUGAAGACAGACUCAUUGGAAAAUUCAAGGGAUCCCUGUGCAUCUACAAAGCCCCAGUGUUUGAUGAGGUGUCCAGAGAAACGGGCUUUGAUUCCAACAUGGGCAUGUUCCAGAACAUCCCACACAACGACCCCGUUAACGUCCUCGUCCGAGUCUAUGUGGUCCGGGCAACAGAACUGCAUCCUGCAGACAUCAAUGGGAAGGCCGACCCAUAUAUCGCCAUCAAGCUCGGGAAGACAGAGAUCAAGGACAAAGAGAACUACAUCUCUAAACAACUCAACCCUUUGUUUGGAAAGUCUUUUGAUAUUGAAGCGACGCUCCCAAUGGAUUCCACCCUCACCGUGUCCAUCUACGACUGGGAUUUGGUGGGAACCGAUGACCUGAUUGGGGAGACAAAGAUUGACUUGGAGAACCGUUUCUACAGCAAGCACAGGCCAGCCUGUGGUCUCACCUCCAGCUACGCAAUGUAUAUUUCUCUCGAUAUUUCACCAAGGAAGCCAAAGAAAUUUGAGCUCAGGGUGAUCGUGUGGAACACAGACGAAGUCGUUCUGGAGGACGAUGACAUUUUCACAGGGGAAAAAUCCAGUGACAUAUUUGUUAGAGGAUUUGAGCUCAGGGUGAUCGUGUGGAACACGGACGAAGUCGUUCUGGAGGACGAUGACAUUUUCACAGGGGAAAAAGAAAAGUUUUACCUACAGGCCGAAGAGAAAAUCGUCAUGUCAAAGAAAGAGUCCAUGUUUUCUUGGGAUGAGACGGAGUAUAAAAUUCCUGCCCGACUGAAUUUGCAAGUGUGGGAUGCGGAUCACUUCUCUGCAGACGACUUCCUGGGUGCAAUUGAACUAGACCUGAAUCGAUUUCCUCGCGGUGCGAAGACAGCGAAGCAGUGCUCCAUUGACAUGGUGAUUAACGAGCAAGACAUGCCCAUGGUCAACAUCUUCAAACAGAAGAGAAUUAAAGGCUGGUGGCCAUUUGUGGCACGAGAUGAAAACGACGAGUUGGAAAUUACAGGGAAAGUAGAAGCAGAGCUUCACCUGCUGACAGGCGAGGAGGCCGAGAAGAGUCCUGUUGGUGAAGGACGCAAUGAACCAGAGCCUCUGGAGAAACCAAACCGCCCCGACACUACAUUCCUGUGGUUCCUUAGCCCGCUAAAGGCAAUCCACCAUCUCAUCUGCAAACAGUACAAGUGGCUGGUCAUCAAAAUUGUGUUGGCGCUGAUGCUUCUUGCCAUUCUGGCCCUGUUCCUCUACAGUAUGCCUGGCUAUAUGGCCAAGAAACUCCUGGGGGUCUGAGAGAUUCAAUCAG